AUGGUGACAGGCAGUGAUCAUGACACUCUUUCAAAAGAAUCUGGCACAAUUCGUACAUUAUUAAAACAUUGUUUGAAUAUGUUAGAUCCAAAUAAAUUUCCGGAAUAUUAUUGUGCAGCGGCAUACAUGAUGAGUGAUCUUUACAUUGAUGAUAACGUUAGUGAACAAUCUUGGACUUGUGAUGGUUCAGAAGUCGUGGAUUCUGAAUCAUUAAAUGACGACUUAUUAUUUGAGAAUGAACAAGAAUUUCGUACGUGUACAACUGUUGAUAUUAAAACAUUAAUUCAACCACAACAACAUCGUUUCAAAAAUAUUCCCGAUAUGGCACGUUUAGGCAAUAUUCAUGGAACAUUGAAUGCACGAGCGUUACAAGCCUUAAAAUAUUUAGUAGAGGCAUUACGUGGAAAUGCCAUACAUCGUCGUUCACAAGCAAACAAUGACGUAAACUCGCAAAGUCAACAUCAACACAAAUCCAAAUUAAUUGUACCAUUACAAUAUAAACUUACACGAACAUCGUCAGAAAUACUAAAUGAUAAUAAAAAUCAUUUAACAGAUGAUACACGUUUAAAAUCACUCAUCUUACAUAAAGCAGCAGCAGCAUAUUUUUGUUUGGCGGAUGAAAAUGAAAAACUUAAACAUUACGGAUUGUGCUUACGUUAUCUUCAAUUAGCAUUAAAAUGUUACAGUAAUCUGUUUAUUUUAUGUGCCAAAAUAAAACUUCAGUUAUCCGAUAUGGAAGCUAAAAAGUUACUAUCAUAUAUUAUGAGUAUUGCUGGUGAUUGCCGUCGAAUGAUAGCUUAUACAACAUCAUCAGAAGAAAUUGAUAAAUAUCGUGAACAGUAUAGUUUGAAUAAUGAAAUUGAUCAAGAAUUUGAAAAAGUAACCAGUGAAAUAACUGGAGAACAAACAGAAUUUAUUUGGGUAUCUGAAUUAACACCGAUGAUAGAUCAAAAUUUGUUUGCAGCUGUUGAUGCGUAUGAAUAUGCGAUUAAUAUAGUUAAAAAUCUUGGUGAUAAUGAGAGAAAACGAUUAAAUUUAUUAACAAAACGAUUUGGAAAUGUUAGAAAUGAAAUGGGCUGUUUUUAUAUAAGUAAAUGUGAACAAGCCGUGAAAAAUAUCGAUCAAGAAUCAAGUAAAGAAGUAAAAGAGCUCUUUCGAAAAAGUUUUGAAAGUUUUAAUAGUGGUAUAAAAGCAUUUGAAUCGAUUAAGGAUAUUUCGAAUAUUGCAUUGCUGUACAAUAAUCUUGGACGUUUAAUGAGAUUGUAUGCACAAUUUUAUGCACCAAUUGUCAACGAAGUUCGGGGAGAAUUUUCACCACAAGAAAGACAAUAUUAUAAUAAAGCAUUCGAUUAUUAUCUGAAAGGAUUAAAAUUAGUGGAAAAUCGUGGAGAUUUAUAUAAAACAUUAUCUUGGGAAUUAAGUGGAGCUUAUUAUACGUAUGCGACCAUAUUACAAGAUUAUGCACCAUUAAGUAAACAUCCUCAAGAGGAUAUUGAAAAAGAAGUGAUUGAUUAUAUGACAAAGUCAUUAAAAUAUUUGGAAAUUGAAACAACAUCAUCAUCUGGUCGAAAUUCAUUAGCUAUAUAUCGUGCAGCAACAAUUCAUCAUCGUCUAGCAUCACUCUUUCAUAAUUCUUUACGAAAUCCAGACAGUAAAACAAAACGAAAACAUUUACGUUCAUUAGCUUCAUUUCAUUAUCAAAAGGCAUUGAAAUUAUUUUCUGUACAGGAAAAUCCACUUGAAUAUUUACGUGUGCAACUGGAAGAAGUGGCUCUUGCGGAUUAUGAAUUACAAAAUGCUACUGAGAAUUCAUCUCGUUUAAAAUAUGCGCAGCAAGGUUUAAAAGAAGGAUUUCAAUGUCAAAAGUGUAUUGAAAUAAUUGAACAACGUCAUUUAAGUACAGAUUCUGAUGAUUAUACGGAAACAUUCUCACAAGAAGCACAUCGUUUAUUAGCUAUAUUAAAUGGUCGAAUUCAAAGUUUUUUGAAAGAAAUUGCUAAAAUUACAAAAACAACAAAGAAAAAAUUAAACGAAAAUGAGAAUAGCAUCAUUUUUGAAGAUUAUAAAGAAAUGUACAGUAUAGCAUUAAGAUUAAAUGAACAAUUGGACACAUUCCCACAUGAUCUAAUACAAGCAUUUAUACGAAUGAAAAAAAUCUAUGAUAAACAUAGCAUAACAGUUCACGAUUAA